AUGCUUUAAGAGUAUGAGGAAUCUGCUCAGCAAGCACCAGCUUUUGAUAAUGAUCUAAGUAAGCCACUUGUGAGACAAGCCACAAAUCAAGCAGAGAACCAGAAAACAUUGAAUUUCAUAUUCGGCGUUAUUUUCUUGACAAAUUUAAUGAUAAAUGUGGAUCACGGAAUCCUUCCAGCAUGUACCAAGGAGGUAAAGAAGGAUCUACACCUUGAUGACGCGAAUCUUGGUCUGCUAGGAUCACUAGUCUAUGCUGGACUAGUUAUUGGAUCUUUGUUCGCAAUGCCGAUUUUUAAUUAUGGCAACACCAAGUUUGUUUUGAUAGUCUGCUUAUUACUUAACUCAUUUGCCCUUUUAUUAUUUACUUUGACUGACAAGUACUCUAUGCUUGUCAUUUCAAGAGUCAGUGUUGGAUUUUUCUAAGUGUUUUUCUGCAUAUAUUUCCCUGUCUGGGUCGAUUUAUUUGCUGAUGAAAAAAGAAAAACAGUAUGGCUUACACUUUUGCUUCUUGGUGUGCCCUUAGGUAUUAUCAUUGGCUACUUGUCAACUGCAAUAAUCGUUAUGUACUCUGAUUGGAGAUUGGUAUUCUAUAUUUAAAGUGGGUUUAUUGUUCCUCUGGCCAUGUGCUUUAUGCUAACUCCAUCUAAAUUCAUAGUCUUUUCAGGAUAUGCGAACAUCACAGACAAUGAUACGACGAGUAAGAGAACUGAAAGUAUGAAUUUCUACAACUUAAGUGGGUUCGAGUCCAAGAACAAAGGGACAUCCUUUCAUAGAAGGGGUUCAUCCAAUAUUAACAUAGCCCAGUCUCAGCAAAGCUAAAAUAGGGAUCCUGAUUCGCCAUCAUUUGCAUUAAACAAGACAAAAACAGAAGAUUAAAGCUUUACCUAAACUAAGACUCAAAUUGAUUCAAGAUACAGAAACUUAAUGGCAAAUAAUAGAAGAGAUGGGAUCGAUUCAAUGAGAGAUCCUAAUGUAGACAAGAGUAAUCUUGAGAAGAAUUCAGAUUACAACAAUAGAUUAAAGAUUUAGCACCAGAUCAGAAAUCAUAGCAGGGCAGACUAUUAGCUCCAAGGAAUGCCAACUAGAGGACGUGCUAAUUCAAUAGAGACCUAAAAGUAUAGAAAAAAGCAACAGAGAGAAUUAAGAAAAGCAUAAAAAAUGGUGGAAAAUUACACACUUAAAUAAAAAAUAAUGUAUCUCUUGACUAACUUCAACUUCAUGCUUCUUCUGCUCGCAAUGACUGGGGUCUACUUUGUUACUACUGGAAUUUAAUUCUGGAUCACUGACUAUUUUAUGAAUGUCCUCGGGCAGACUAAGAAUAAGGCUUUCAUUACAUUUACAAUAAUCUGUAUAUCUGGUCCAAUUUUAGGAGUUAUUGUUGGUGGUUACAUUUUCAAUUCAAUCGGUGGGUAUAAUAGCCCUUAAGCUUAUCCACUUGCAGUUUUUGUGAUGUGCUUAGGAGCUUCAUGCGGCUUCCCAUUAGUCUUUGUCACUAAUUUCUACUUAGUCUCAUUUUUGCUAUGGGGAUAAUUCUUCUUUGGAGGCUUUUGCAUGCCCGUACUCACAGGUAUAUUGCUCAAUACUUGUCCAGCUUCGUUAAGAACUAUUGCUAAUUCAAUAGCUAACCUGGUUUAUAAUCUCUUAGGCUAUUUACCAGCUCCCUAUAUUUACGGUCUCAUCUAUCAACUUGAUGGUAGUGGAGAAAGUAGAGCAGGAAUGCUAUCCCUUCAAAUUUCAGCAGUUGCUUCAAGUGCACUUCUUGGACUUCUACUUAUUAAAAUGAGAGCUUUGGAGAAAAAGCAAAAGGCGACUAAUUAAACCAAGAAUCAACUUUCUCAAGGAGGUGCCGCUCUUGAUAUCCUAGACAACGAUUAAAUCGGCCCAUUACUAUCAAAAUAAAGCGAUGAUGAAUCAGUAAUGAGAUCAAGAAGGAAGGUAGCAAGCAUUUCUUCAGUUGGUGAAGAUAGCGAUGAUGAAUACGGAACAGAGAAAAGAUCGUUUAAGACACCAGUCAGUGAUAGAAUCAAGUUAGAAUCUACUUCAGUACUUUAUAGUAAAUCUGUUUAUCCACUUUCACUUGGCAUUCACGAAGAGGAUUGA